AUGCAUACCUCACUCCUCACAAACAUCUUCAUCGCCCUCUCAGUCUUCCAUCUGGCAGCCGCUGGCCCAAACCCUGCCCCCAUCCUCCCCGGAGGCCUCCUCAACACCAAACUCGAAGUCCGCCAAGUCUUCGCCACACCUUCGCAAGCUGAUCUAUGUCUCGACUACGAACGCACAGCCAACAUGUCGACCGUCGGCGCCAACGGCUCCUACCGCACUGUUGUUAUGCAAAAGGCCAACGUCGGCACCUUGACCAGCGCACGCAUGAUGGAUGCUGCUAUCGCGAAGCUGCCUGCACUUACAGCCGAUGCGGAUCUAAACUCCAGGUGUGGGAACUGGACAGAGAUUGCUCUAGUAGAGGCAGAGAAGAACUUUACUCAAGGCAUCGUGGCACAAUUCACGACUGAAGGCUUACCUGUAGGCAUCAAAGCUGGACCCGAAGUUUUGGUCAUUGUGGGUGCCAUUGCUACACUUUUUUCGAUUGUGUGGGUAUUCCCCGGUUGA